AUUAUUGAGAGGUGUGUUACGAGGUUGUAGCUUAUAUCUCGUACCCACAAAGCUCAUCCAAAGUUUGACAUUUGUUCACCAAGAUUCGAGAUUAAUCUUAACGAACUGAGUUUGAUCUUUAAUCUGUUAAUAGUGUAAUCUGAUAGAUCUUGCGAUGUUUGAUAACACCUUUUCAGUCUUGAGUUUCUCUAGCAUCAACGAGAUUUCAUAUAAUCACACUGGUGAUAUACAAUCAUCGAGCAAUUUGGGUGGCCAAAAGUCGGAAGAUUUCAACAAGAAUAUUAAGAUUGAACCUCAGGUAGAAGCUAAAAGAAGAUGUUGUAAAAGAAGAAAAAUCCCAUGGACAUCAACUAAAGUAACUUCUACCUUGGUUGAUGACGGAUAUGCUUGGAGAAAAUACGGACAAAAAGCAAUCCACCACACAAACCAUCAAAGGAGCUAUUAUAGGUGCACUUACAAGUUUGACCAAGGAUGUGAAGCAACUAAACAAGUUCAAAAGACCGAUGAUGAACCAUCAAAGUAUAAAAUAACCUACAACGGAUACCACACAUGCAAAAAUCAUCUGAGAGGCCCAGAGAUGAUUUUUGAUUCAUCAAAUCUCGAGGAUUCAUCAAUCAUUCUUAGCUUUGAAACAAAGGGGCUCAUAGACGAGAAACAAGUUGACUCAUAUUUCCCAUCGAUGAAACACGAUCAACCAAAGGAAGCAUUAUUUCCUCUAGAAUCCACAUACAGUCAAUCUGUGUUGUUACAAGAUGGGAUUAGAGCAGAAGUAUUCGAGCCCGUGUCAGUGGAGUUGUUAGAGUAUGAACAUCAAGAAAUGAUUUCAUUAGAGACUUAUUUAGCUGGCAACGAUGGUUAUGAGAUAGACAACUUAACUCUAUUUGAUUUUAGUGAUAACUUGUUGAAUAAUGCUCAAGACGAGCUUGCGUGUUGUAAUUAAUUAUUCCUAAAUGUUCCAAACAUAAAUUAUUACGAUUGUUUUAAUCAUUGAGACGUGGUCACACUCUUUC